AUGUCUGAAGUCAGCAAUACCAGGCUCUACCUGGGCAACUUGCCACGUACCGCUACCAAGGCCGAUGUUGAGAACCACUUCAACACCCAUGGCACCGGCGAGAUUACCGAGAUCAAGCUCAUGAAUGGCUUCGGCUUCAUCGAGUACAAGGACGCCAUGGAUGCGCGUGACGUCGUCCCUGACGGUUCCGAGUUCAUGGGUGAGCGCCUCGUUGUCCAGUUCGCACGUGGCAGCACCCGUCCUCGCGAUGGCUUCGAGCAUCAGCCACGCCAGGCUCCUCGUCCACGCCGCACCGUUCACCGGAUGACCAUAACUGGCCUCCCUUUCGAGACCAGCUGGCAGGACCUGAAGGACUUUGCCCGCCAGUCUGGACUUGACGUCGUCUACAGCGAAGUCGGCCGCGAGCGCGAUGGAAGCGGCAACGGCAAGGGAAGCUUUGUCGAGUACGAGACCGCAGCCGAUUUGGCCAGCGCUGUUGAGAAGCUCGAUAACAACGAGUUCAAGGGCGCUACUGUUCGCUGCAUCUCUGAUGUACGUCGUCGCAUUCCCUUCUACACGGGUCGUACUAACCGCAUUCGUCAGCCUCAAUCCGAGAUCCCACGCCCGCGCGAGCGCUACCGCUCUCGCUCUCCUGGAGGCUACCGUGGCCGUGGCGGCUACGGAGGACCUCCACCUGACGACUACUACGACCGCCGCGGACCACCACGCGGGUACAGUCCACGCCGCGAUGACUACCGCCGUCGCACUCCUCCACCACGCGGCGGAUACUACGAUGACCGCCCAGAUGACCGCUACGUUCGUGGCGGACGCCCUCCAGUCGACGACUACCCACCUCGCGGUGGCGGUUCCUACGGCGGUCCCCCAGCUGACGAUCGCUACGGCGGCCCACCCCCUCCACGCCGCGGAGGAUACGAACCCGAGCCCUACACCAACGGUCACGCACGUGCGCCUUACGGUGGACGCCCAGCGAGCCCGCCGCCGCCACGCCGUGACGGCGGUCGAUACGAGCGUUCUUACGAAGAGCCGCGGCCUUAUUGGUGA